AUGUCUCCCGUCGUCCUCCAUUUCCGGGCGGAGACGAAGCCGUUGGAGCACCGCUCCGCGGUCACGCCCACAAUCGCAAAGAAGUUGGUCGAGGCGGGCUACACAGUCCAUGUCGAGAAGUCGCCCUUGAGCAUCUUCCCGGAUUCCGAAUAUGAGGGAACGGGUGCCACGCUCGUGCCGACUGGUUCUUGGACCGACGCACCGAAAGAGCAUAUUGUCAUUGGCUUGAAGGAGCUGCCGGAAGAGGACUUUCCGUUGAAGCACACCGUAAGUUCUUUUCAGUUCACUCGCUCGAUUUGAGACAACGCUGACGGUUGAACAGCAUGUACAAUUCGCACACUGUAUGCCAUCUUUGACACUACCAGAUCUUCCGAUUCAGUUCUCAAGCUAACACCGUGAAGGCUACAAGGGGCAGGGCGGCUGGGACAAAGUGCUUGGACGCUUUCCCCGCGGCAACGGAACUCUCCUUGAUCUAGAAUUCCUCGAGGAUGAGAGCGGCAGGCGAGUCGCGGCGUUUGGAUACGUAGGCGAAUCGCACUCUGCUUUUUGGAGCGCCCGUACUCACUCUCCAUAGCACGCUGGAUUCGCUGGAGCCGCUCUAGCCUUGAUGACUUGGGCGUGGCAGCUCACCCAUGGCAAGACCGAACCCUUUCCUGGAGUGACCCCUUAUGAGAACGAAGACUUGCUCAUUAUCGACGUCAAGAAGGCCGUGGAGGAAGGCAAGGCAAAGGCUGGCAGACUGCCACGAGUCCUUGUUAUUGGUGCGCUUGGCCGAUGUGGUCGCGGUGCUGUUGACCUUAGUGUCAAGGCUGGUGUCGAAGAUAUCUUGGUACGUAAGUAUUCGACCAUCUUACGAGCAGCUGCUGAUCUUGACUUAGAAAUGGGAUCUUCCGGAGACUAGUGCCAAGUCGGGACCGUACCAAGAGAUCAUCGAGUCGGACGUCUUCGUCAAUUGCAUCUACCUGUCUGCGAAGAUCCCACCGUUCAUCGACGCGAAGUCACUGGCCUCGCCUAACCGCAAAUUGAGCGUGGUGUGCGAUGUGUCUUGUGACACCACGAACCCGAACAACCCCAUCCCAAUAUACGACAUCAACACCACCUUCGACAAGCCCACUGUGCCAGUCGAGCUGGGCGCAGAAGCUAACGACCUUCCCCUGAGCGUGAUCAGCAUCGAUCACCUCCCGUCUCUCUUGCCCAGAGAGGCUUCCGAAGCCUUCAGCGCGGCUUUGCUACCCAGCCUCCUCCAGCUGAAAGACUGGAAGACCGCUCGGGUCUGGCAACAGGCUGAGAAGCUGUUCAAAGAGAAAUGUGCAACUCUUCCAGAUGGCGCUGUCGACACCAAGGCAGAGCUGCUCGCGAAUCAGUCGUGA